UGUACAAGUACGAUAGAUUGGUAGUACGAAUAAUAGUAUAAUACCUAACCGCCUCAACCGAGAGAAGAAAGACAUAGGUCGCAUCAACGACAGUCAUCGACGAUCUCAGUCAUGUCUUCUACGAGAGGAGCCUAUAGAGGUAGGAGGCAUAAUUCAAAGCAGAACUGGACUGUUAGAUCCCUUGUUGAUCGCCACUCCAGUGAAACCUCUUCAUCACCAGAAUCCUGCUCCAGUUUGCAUCGAAAACGCCCUCAGGAUCAAGGAGAUACGAAUUGGAACCAACAGCAUGAGGGUUCUAGCUCAGAACCUCAACUUGUUCCAAAUUCCGGCGGUGUAGAUGGAAAAGAAGAGGCUUCUGCAUCUGCUGGUGAAAAGGCUUCGAAUUCGCACAAUGAUGAAAUUCAUGAGGAUGAGAUUGUUAAACGUUUAGAGGAGCUCAGGUUUAGCGCCGAAGAGCUUGAGUUGACAGAGGCGCUGCUUAGCAUCAAUAAACAGCUGCAGGAAGAUGAGCUACUAGCUAUGGAAUCUAUUUAUGGAGAUAAAUUUGUCAUUUUAGAGAACCAGAGUGGCAUGAAAUAUUUUCAGGCUCACAUUCAUGUUGAAGUGCCUAAAGAACUUCUUGUCACUGCAAAGGUUAUUACCUCGUCUACUUUCCAUCAGGACAGAGACGGUAAUUCUUCAGAUUUCUCAUACUCUUUCCAAGUCGAGUUUCUGCCACCAAUUAUAUUGACAUGCUUAUUACCUAAGUCAUACCCAAGCGACUGCCCUCCGUACUUUACUAUAUCUGUGCAGUGGUUGGGAUCUGCCAAAAUUUCUGAUCUCUGUCGCAAGCUUGAUUCGAUUUGGCUAGAGCAGGCUGGACAGGAGGUUAUAUACCAAUGGUUGGAGUGGUUACAUGGUUGUACCCUCUCGUAUCUUGGUUUUGACGAUAAUAUCAUUCUUGGACCAUACGGUGUAAAAAAUGAUGGAGAUAGGAGGGCGAUUUCAGGAAGUGUCUCCCCUGAUGUUGAUAUACCUACAAUAAAGAGUUACAAUGAUGAAGAGCGCCAUGAAAAUUUGUGCAAAAACUUUCAAGAAUGUAGCAUCUGUUUAAGCGAGUUUGCUGGUACAGAGUUCAUUAGAUUGCCUUGUCAGCACUUCUUUUGCGGGAAAUGCUUAAAAACUUUUUCUGAUAUGCACAUAAUGGAAGGAACAGUACUGAAACUUCAAUGUCCAGAAGCAAAAUGUGGGGGUAUGAUCCCACCUGGAUUACUUAAACGAUUACUAGGAAAAGAAGAGUUUGAACACUGGGAGUCCUUGAUGUUAGAGAAAACACUGGAAUCAAUGACUGAUGUUGUCUACUGCCCAAGAUGUGAAACCCCUUGUGUAGAGGAUAAAGACGACCAUGCACAGUGCUCAAAGUGCUACUACAGCUUCUGCACACUUUGCAGGGAGAAGCGUCAUGUUGGAGUUGAAUGUAUGUCACCAGAGAUGAAACUAGCUAUUUUGCAGGAUCGACAAAAUUCAACUUCAAUGAAAGGAGAGCAAAGGCGCCGUGAGGCAGAUAUGAUUAAUCAGAUUCUUAGUAUGAAGGAGAUCCAUCGGUUUGCGAAACAAUGCCCUUCUUGUAAGAUGGCUAUAUCUCGAACUGAAGGUUGCAAUAAGAUGGUUUGUGAUAAUUGUGGGCAAUACUUCUGCUACCGGUGUAAUCAGGCAAUAUCUGGAUAUGACCAUUUCAGGUCUGGGACUUGUGAACUUUUUCCAGCAGAAGAAAUUCAGAGGUGGGAUGCUGAGAUGAAUGGUCGCCAAAUUGUUGGUCAGAUUCAAGCACAGAUGUUUACUAAUCAUGGUCAUUCAUGCCCUAAUUGUGGUCAGCAAAAUGUGAAGGUGGGGAACAACAAUCACGUCUUCUGUUGGGCUUGCCAAAACCAUUAUUGCUACUUGUGUAAGAAGAUGGUGCGACGUAGUUCGGAGCACUAUGGCCCCAAGGGCUGCAAGCAGCACACGGUCGAAUAACCUUCAGGUUUACUACAUUCUUGAAUUUUUCAAGUGGAUUUAUGGUGGUUCGUAUAUUCAACGCUGGACAGGAACAAAGCCGCCAAUCCGAGUCUGUUCCUGUGCCGCUAGCUAUGCUGGUGGUGUAAUUAUGGUGAUUCAUGAUAACAUUAUAGCAAAAGCAUUACAAUAUACGGAAUUUACCAUUUAAAGAAUUUAGGGCAAUUAGUUUUUUGAAAGCAAUAAUAGUUUGACAACUUUGAAAGCAA